AUUCCAGUCUUCAGCAUGAUCCAAUUGACAUACCAAAACAAAAUGACGUGGCAUCGUGUUUUAUUGCUGAUUGGAAUCACAACAAUAUUAUUACUUUUAACAACAACAAGUUUAACAUAUGCUUGUAAUGAAGCAAUAUGUGCUAGUGUUGUGAGUAAAUGUAUGCUCACUCAAAGUUGCAACUGUGAUCAAAAGGCAGAAUGUAAAUGUUGCAAAGAAUGUUUUGCUUGUCUUCAACAUUUUUAUAGUGAAUGUUGUUCUUGUGUUGACAUGUGCCCAAGGCCAAAUAAAACAGAUAAUCCAUUGAGUAAACAAUCAUCAGUAUCUGAAUUUAGUGUACCAAUGCCUGGUUUAUUUCAAGCAUUGACUUCUGAACCUGAUUCAUUAGAAAGAUGGCUUACAUUUACAUUUCCAUUUGAUCUUGAUGUAUCACAAUUUCAACCAAAUCUCGAAAAAGAGCAACAGUAUGAUAUGCAAACAAUUGAAAAUGUUCCUGUUAAUGCUGGUGAGGAAAUACUUAAAAAACCAGUUUUAAAUCAUUAUCAAAAAAAUACAGUGACACUUAAUUGUACAGUUGCAUUUAUGGCACAGUGUACGUCAUAUAGUAAAUGUCAUAGUGCAUGUCAAAGCAUGGGUGCAUCAAGUUACAGAUGGUUUCAUGAUGGUUGUUGUGAAUGUGUUGGUCAAACAUGUCUUAAUUAUGGUAUUAAUGAAUCACGAUGUUUAAAGUGUCCGAUUCAUAAAGAAGAAGAUGAACAAAUUGAAUCUUAUGAUGAUUAUGGACAAGAUGAUGAAGAACCAAGAGAAGAUAAUGACUAAAAAUUAUAAAAAACAGUAAAAAUAAUUAAAUAAUCAAAAACACUAAAUUAAUAUACAAAAAUAAAAAUUUAUUUUGUAUAAUUAUAAUUCCAUUAGAGUCAUUUUAUAAAGUCAAACUAUUAUUUUUUUUUUUUAAUCUCAAAAGUGGUUAAAAAAAUUAUCUUAUUUCAUUAGUUUUUCUUUUUUAAUUAUGAAAUUAAUUAUUAAUUUUAAAUGCAGUUUAAUUGUGUUAAAAUAUAUGACUUAUUUGGAUAAAAAAAAAAUAAAAAUAACUGAAUUAAAUUAAGAACAAUAUUGUUAGAUAAUAAAAAUAAUUAAAUGACAAUGUAAAUUGAAAUUAAUUAAAGUCAUGACGAGGAUAGCUUUUUAAGAUAUGCAAAAAAAAAACAAACAAUAAUUGUUAGAAAAAAUAAGAGAGUUUUAAUAAUUAAACUCGACAUAAUUUUAAAUUUUUUUUUUUUACCUGUAAAUCGAGCUUUUUUAAUUAUUUCUUUAUCAUUUUUUUUUUUUUAUCUAUUUAUGAUUAAUUUAAAUAUAAAUAAAAUGAAUUAAAUUAAAUAUUAAGUUGUAUUUAUGGUGUCUAUAUAGGUACUAAAAUAUUACUAAAAAAAAAUUAAUGACUUGUUUAAAAAAAAAAAAAUUCUUUUUUAUCAAGAGUAAUAUUACUUGUACCGUGCCAUAAAAAUAAUAAAAAUUUUUUAAUAAAUUAAAUGAUAAAUAAAUAUUGUACAUAUUGAAAAAAACAUUUUUCUUUUUUUUUAAAUCGUAUUAUUUCUUUUUUCGAUUUUAAAUAAAUGAAAAAUUAAAAUAUGAUAAUGAUAAUUAAA